UAAACCCUUUCGGCAGGUCAAGGGGAGAGCUAGUGUGUUCGGCCCUUCUGCGACCAACCACGACUUAAGUUUGCCGUUCCACGUGUCGCCAUGGCCGCCGUAACCGCUCCUUCCGUUCGAGCAGCUCCCGCGCUUCCACAGGGAGCUCUGAAAUCUAGCUUCUUCGGCGAAGCUUCGUCGCCGUGCCAGGUGGCCACGGGCUGCUGGGCGAAGCGGUCGCUGCUCGCGGCGGCUUCCACCUCCCCCUCCGCGCGCCUGCACCGCCGCGCGGUCGCCGCCUCCGCCGCCGCCGCCGCCACGCAAUCAGCCGCCGCUGCUGUCGCAGCUCCGGCUGUGCAGAAGCAGCGGAUUCGCAUCAAGCUCAAGUCGUACCAGGUGCCUCAGCUCGAGACGGCGUCCCAGCAGAUCCUCGACGUGGCAAAGGAGACAGGUGCGGGAAUCAUGGGGCCGGUGCGCUUGCCAACGCACAUCCGCAAGUACUGUGUGCUGCGCAGCCCCCACGUGGAUAAGGAUUCCCGGGAGCACUUUGAGAUCCGCACGCACAAGAGGCUGAUUGAUCUGGAGAACCCAACGGCGACGACUAUUGAUGCGCUGAUGCAGCUGGAGCUGCCUUAUGGUGUUGAGGUCGAUGUGAAGCUGUCGUGAAUUCGUGGCAUUUGAUAAGGUUUAUACGAAAGCAGGCCGUAGGAUGUUAGGUGGGCUGAUGUAAGGCAUGUUUGUGCUCGCAAGGUGACAUGUUCAUUCCACUACCAGAAUUUAACCUUCGGUGCUGUGGCUCAGUGAAGUGGCUCUCGGUGAAGUUGCUAGGAGAACACAUCAUGUCGCUAUUAAGAAGUAGAUCGACAAACGUGAGUGUUGUA